AUGGCUCCGGACUCGUGGUCCGACGCCGAUAGCGUGUCGCAGGCUUCGCAGGCUUCGCAGCAUUCUCAAAUGUCUAAUCAGGAUACUUCUCUUGAUCGGCAGCUGAUCCGCCAUUUGAUGCAACGCUAUGGUCGUGAUGGCAUUGCUCAAUUGAUAAACGAGGAGGCUAAUUCGUCUUCCAUUUCCAUCAACGAUGGAGCAUCUGUAGUUACUUCAAGUACAUUUUCUUCGGUAAAAUCUGAAGAAACCCCAAGCAUCUUCGAUAAAGCUAGCAUACGAACUUUUUCAUCCGACAACUCAUCGACUCGAGGCAGCAUCAUCUCCAACGUAUCCGCCCGCACUGCCAAGCUCCUUGGUCGCAAACAGGCUGCUCGCCCUUCCAUCACCCACGAGGAGGAAACAUCGCCCGCAUCCAAUGAAUCGUCAACACCAGCGCCCAAGCAAAAGGGCUCUUUUACAUGUGGCUUUUGCAGGGAAGAAGGCAUUCAGAAGACAUGUACCCGUAAAAACGACUUGAAGAGGCACAUUGAGGAUUUCCACAAUACCAACGCCCAAUGGUUCUGUCGACAAAAAGGUUGCGACAUGGUUUUUGACUGGCAGACGGCAUACAAAACCCAUUUAAAACAAGCUCACGGUGGUUCGCGCAUGGCCCUUGAUGAAGCCAAGGUCAACCUAUGUCCUCAAACUGUUUUUGCUUGUGGUUUUGAGAACUGCUCUCAAGUUUUUGAAUCUCCCAACGAUGACGAGGCCGAUACGAUUUUUAAGGAAUUUGUGGCCCAUGUUGUCAAGCAUUUCGAUGAAGGCUCCAACAGCGGAGAGUGGACUUAUUCUGCAAGGAUACGAAACCUCCUUCGACAAUCUGGUCUGGUGCGUGCCUGGCAGGGUACUUCGUGGGGUGAAGACGAACGAAGUCAGUUGCAAUGGCACCCUCAAUCCAGUGGCAUUCUCAGGAAACGCCUUGAAACAAGACAUCUCGGUGACCUGCAACUUCUUGUUCAGUAUGCCAUUGCCCUUGGUACGGAACCCUCGUCGAUCAAGGAGUAUCGCGAAGAUUUCAUCAACCCUCUCAAGGAUCAAUGCCGCCAGGUCAUUAUGGGACACAAGUCUCGGGCACCUCCUCUGCCACCCUCAGGCCCGUCUCCAAGUACGGACCAGCACCAAUUCCGCAUCUCUCGUGGAACCACAAAUCCCAAUAUGGCAUACAUGGCUCAGCGCCGCGCCUAUGCCCAUAGACCCGGGCCUCUUCGUUCUGGCCGAUCCGCUCCGGCUCCGCGCCACACUAUGCCUGUUAGUUCGGCAACUCCUGGAGCUAUGCCGCACCAUUUCCAGUACAACAUGGCUUCAGCACCCAUGUAUGAUCCCCGGCAACAGCAGCAAUUUGCAAUGAUGCAGCAAGCUAGUGGAGGCAUUAUUGCCGAGGACUUGCGGAGUUUCCAGUCUAUUGCUGGCAAUGUUCCAGAGCAGGACAUUGACAUGCCGGAUACUGAUAUGAUGGACUCUACAUUCAUGUCAAGUCCAAGCUUCUCAGGUCCAUAUGGACCUCAAGGUAUUACAACCGCUGCUGAUGGAGCAUGUAUUACAUCCACAGACCCUAUGAACCCACACGUACAGUUUGGGUUUGACUCAACAUACACAUAA